AUGGCGUCCACGGAAUCUACAUUCUCCGCAGCAGUAUCUUCCUCUUCAAACCCCUUAGCAGUUUUCCCACCAGACAGUGACGCGGCAGCAACUGUACUGGCACAACAAAAUGCUGUUUCAGCUUCUACCAUCGAAACACCCGAAAAUCCCGAGAAGAAGACGAAGAUAAUUCGUCGCAAGAGACGACCCGCCCGUGUACAGAUCGACCCAUCGACUAUUAAAUCAGAGCCACCUCCUCAAACUGGUACAAUUUAUAAUAUUUGGUACAACAAGUGGUCCGGUGGUGAUCGUGAAGAUAAAUACCUAUCCAAGCACAAAGCACCGUCGAGAUGCAGCAUCGCUACUGACAGUGGCUACACGCGUGCAGAUAAGGUGACUGGGUCGUUUUUCUGUUUAUAUUUCGCUCGAGGGGUAUGCCCUAGGGGCCACGAGUGUGAAUAUCUACAUCGUCUACCAGGGAUACAUGAUUUAUUCAACCCCAACAUCGAUUGCUUCGGCCGCGAUAAAUUCAGUGACUACCGAGAUGACAUGGGUGGUGUCGGAACAUUUAUGAGACAAAAUAGGACGUUGUAUGUGGGAAGGAUACACGUUACGGAUGACAUUGAAGAAGUUGUCGCGAGACACUUCGCAGAAUGGGGCCAGAUAGAUAGAAUACGCGUUCUGAACAACAGAGGUGUUGCUUUCGUUACAUAUAUGAAUGAAGCAAACUCGCAAUUUGCCAAAGAAGCCAUGGCUCAUCAGAGCUUGGAUCAUAAUGAGGUUUUAAAUGUACGAUGGGCCACUGUGGACCCAAAUCCCUCAGCACAGAAACGUGAGGCGCAACGAAUUGACGAACAAGCAGCUGAGGCAAUACGAAAGGCCCUGCCAGCCGAAUUCGUUGCCGAACUAGAAGGAAGGGAUCCAGAAGCUCGGAAACGGAAAAAGAUCGAGGGGGGGUUCGGCCUACAAGGAUAUGAACCCCCCGAUGAAGUUUGGUAUGCCCAGACAAAAAGAAUCGAAGAGGCGGGGACCGAUAAACUUGAACCACGGGCCCAGCAGCCCCUGAUUCAAGAUAGCCCUUCUGCUAACAAUGCAAAUGAAGGUGGUGGUAUUCUGACAGAUGCGGUACUCGCAACGUUGCGCGGAUGUGCUGGACCCACUCUGGCAGCACCCCCUACAAAACAGAUUACUGGGCCCUUAGUUGCUUAUGGAAGUGAUGAUGACAGCGAUUGA